AUGGUAAGGAGAUUGAAAUUCCAAAAGCAACCCUUAACAUCAUUGGAGCAGGAAAAGAAGAAAGAUGUCACUGAAGAAAAGAGUGUUCCCAACGAUGAUGGCAUACCUAAGCAUAAGUUUCCACCCCUUUCUGAGUAUAAAUCAGUGCCCCCUUUCUCUCAGGCUUUAGUAGAACCUAGGAAAGAUGAAAAUAAUCAUGAACUUUAUGAAAGUUUUCGCAAGCGUGAGGUAAACAUUCCAUUGUUGGAUGCUAUUAAACUAGUACCUUAUUAUGAUAAGUUCUUGAAGGAAUUGUGUAACACUAUGUUUGAAAAGGCCAUGUUAGACUCAGGAGCUUCUAUUAAUGUCAUGCCAUACUUUGUAUAUGUUUCUUUAAAACUUGGACCUUUGAAUGAAACUGGUGUCAUAAUUCAACUAGUUAAUAAAUCUAAUGCCUAUGCUAAUGGUAUAGUUGAGGAUGUUCUCGUGAAAAUUAAUGAUUUGGUUUUUCCUGCUAACUUCUAUGUGCUUGAUAUGGGAUAUAGUGGUCAAACUAUCCCCAUUUUGCUAGGAAGACCAUUCUUAAGGACAUCCAAAGCUAAAAUAGAUUUUUAUAGUGGCAUGCUUACUAUGGAAUUUGAUGAUAAAAUUAGUGAAUUUAACAUUUAUGACGCCAUGAAACAUUCUGAUGAAAGUAACCCUGUUUAUUCUAGUCAAGUGAUUGAUAAUUUAGAACAAGAAGUUUUAGAACUUGAUGAAAACAAUGCAAUGAAGUUGCCAUUGAUAAGCAUAUUGAGGAUGUGA